AUGUUUAUUAUUGUCAUGAACUCUCUCAGCCUCCGGCUGGCUGAAGUCCCGCUACUGCAGCACGGCUUCUUCGCGGAUGACCUCACCCUGAUAGCCCGACACAGCGACCGAGAGAUCAUGACAACCACCCUACAACAGGGGCUAAACGUGGUGGCAUCUUGGACGAAGCAAUACUUCAUGGAGGUUAACGCAUCCAAGACGAAGUAUGCAUUCUUCGGGACCACAAGUGCAAACCCCUUUGCACUCCUUUACAACGGCGCACAGGUCACCAUGGAACGGCUCCCGACACUGCUGGGCAUCACAUUCCAGAAAUGCCGUGGAAUGAGCUCACAUGUAGCACGCCUACAGCAGCAGAUCAACCAGCGACUCAUGCAGCUAGCGGCCGUCUCAUCCUGCAGCUGGGGACCGAAGAGAGACACACUGCGUGCCUUCUACUUGGCUCUAGUGCAGGCCAAAGCAAUGUAUGGUAUAGAAGUAUGGUACUGGGACGCAUCAUCCACCUCGCGAACAACGCUUAAUGCCGGGCAGUACAAAGCCUGUAAAAUAAUCGCCGGCAUUCCUAAAGGUAGCCGCACAGAAGAUGCGUUGCUUGAGGCCAACUCGCAGCAGCUCAGUACGAUGCUACUGGCACAUAGCCUCAAAUACAUGUUUUUGUACAAAGCACAAGGAGGAGCCGUGCGCAAUAGUGCUAAAGCAGUAUACCCGACGGAACACCCCGUACGACAACUUUAUACCACCAUCAUGGCACAAUACCCAGAACUCCAUAUUGAAGCACGAUUCCCACCCCUACCACUCUCCAAGCUGCAACGGGCAUCUCGAGCCCUGUUCCAUACAUCGAUCGAAUGUGUCACUGAUAAUAGCCCGGACGGCGUCAAGCUUCAAGCAUGUACCAGAUGGAUUGCUCAACGCUUCAGCCAGAAAGUUUCUGCUCCACCCGAGCGUCUGCACGACGAACUGGGGACAGUUGUCUCUGUCGAACUAGGAGUGAAAUCCGGUAGAGCAGCCAUGAUUUACUUCAACGGGAAGGGCGUGGCCCAGGCGAAGGCUGACGAACGAUCCAUGGUGUGGAGUUGCCGUAGUAAAUUUGUUGCGCCCUUUAUAGGCAUUCAGACAUUGCUGGAAAUCAUUCCCCGUCGCAGCAUUCGGCCUUGCAGAGCCUCCAUCUUCACGGAUCCCCUGUCACUUCUCAUGGCACUCCAAACAGGUCCCCUGAUAGUAACAGGCCCCAUAUUAUCAAUGAAAUAG